AUGAAGCUACGAGAGAAGUAUUUUGAGCAAAACGGUGGUGCGUUGCUCAAACAAAAACUGAAUUCGCAAGAGGCUGCUUACACCGUGACUGUAUAUAGCAUGGAACAGCUUCGAAAAGCAACAGAUAACUAUUCAAAUGAGCGAAUUGUAGGGAGGGGAGGUUUUGGCAUUGUUUAUAAAGGAAUUCUGCCGGAUAAACGCGUUAUUGCAAUAAAGAAGUCCCUUUCAGUGGGUGAGACCGAAAAGGAACAGUUCAUAAACGAGAUAUUGGUAAUAACACAAAUCAUACAUGGAAAUGUCGUCAAACUAUUGGGUUGUUGUUUUGAAGAGGAAGUACCGGUAUUAGUGUAUGAGUUCAUUCCCAAUAACACACUUUUCCAUCACAUUCAUAAUGAAGAGGGUGGAACGAGUUGGUUAUCAUGGGAGAAUCGGUUGAGGGCCGCUGCAGAAGCUGCAUCUGCACUUGCAUACCUUCAUUCUCAUGCCACCACCCCCGUCAUACACAGAGAUGUCAAGUCCACAAAUAUAUUAUUAGACGACGAGUUCAGAGCGAAAUUGUCGGGCUUUGGUAUUUCCAAGUUGUUUUCUAAAAAAGAAGAAAACGUCAACACUGUUGUCCAGGGCACACUUGGGUACUUGGAUCCUGAGUACCAAAACACAGACAAUUUAAACGAAAAGAGUGACGUAUACAACUUUGGGGUGGUCCUUGCGGAACUCAUCACCGGUAAAAAACCCCUUCUGGUAGAGAGAGUCUACCAGGAGAGGUACUUGUCAAAGUAUUUUGUCAAGUGCAUGGGUGAAGGAAACCUCCUACAAAUGGUGGAACCGCGCUUACUUAAUGAAAGGGGUAUUGACCUUCAACAUUUAAAUGUUGCAGCACAGCUAGCGAACAGGUGCUUGGAAAUAUCUGGUGUUAACAGGCCAACAAUGAGGUCUGUUGAACUUGAGCUUGAAGCUUUAAGGAGGCCCACUACGACACAUCCCACUGUUCCACCUGAACAGGUAGCCCAUGAAGAAAUUUCUGGAUCCGUGAAUCCAGAAAUUUAG